AUGGUUGGCUCACAACCAAAUCUCUUCGCAUUCCCAACCGUCGACAUCCUGGCCACCACUCUCCGUCAAUACAUUGUGCAAGCCCAAACCGCCGGACUCACCCGCCACGACGCCUUCAAAAUCGCCGUAUCAGGCGGCUCCCUCCCCAAAACCCUCGCUGCCGCUCUCCUCGCCCCAUCCAGCGGUCCCGACGACAUCAUCCACUUCUCCAAAUGGGAAAUUUUUUUCGCAGACGAGAGAGCCGUGCCCCUUACCCACGAAGACUCCAACUAUGCGCUCCUCAAAAGCGAACUCCUCGAUAAAAUUCCCGCCGAAAUGGGUAAACCCACCGUGCACCCAAUCGAUACGGCGCAUCUAGACGAUGUCCAGGAAUUGGCAGAUCAGUAUGAACAACUCCUCGUGCGCAGUUUCGCAUCUCGCGAUUCGGUCAAAUUGCCCAUUUUCGAUUUGUUACUCUUGGGUUGUGGUCCCGAUGGUCAUACGUGUAGUUUGUUUCCUGGACAUGCUCUUUUGAGGGAAACGGAUGCUUGGGUUGCGCCGAUUGAAGAUAGUCCGAAACCACCACCAAAGAGAAUUACACUUACAUUGCCGGUAGUGACACAUGGAGUUAAGAUUGCUUUUGUAGCGACCGGAGGUGGAAAGAAGGAGAUUAUGAAGGAGAUUUUCGAAAAAGGAAAUGGAUUACCUUGUGCACUGGUUAAUGAAGGAGCUAGAGAGAGGUGUAGUUGGUUUGUGGAUAAUGCGGCGGUAGAAGGAGUUAGUUUCCCUAGGAAAGGAAGUCUUUAG